CGUAAAAGCUCUUGCUAUUAAAGCUAAGUUAGGUUAAAGGAGCUUGGUAUGCCAACGCAGCCAACCCAUUACCCAGGAUUAUGAUGCCAAGGUGCCAACCUCGCCAGCCUGCCGUGCUGUCUGCUGUGCACUAAUAAAAAAUAUAAAUCCGAGUUGGUCUCCAGGCAGCGCCAUUGCCUUUUGGUGCUGCGUUAGUAACUCCCCAGUAGAGAGUGCGCCGUGGGGCCAACGACGGAUAUGCAGCGAGUUGGGACGUAUCGACCUAACUUGAAAUUAGGUUUCUUGGAAUUGGUCUUCCUACUAACGUCGGUAGUUGCACAACUACCAGUGGAGGCGGCCCUUAUAGUACCCACAGAUGGGGGCAUUUCUGUUGCUGAGUUACUGUCAGCCCAGGGCAUUCUGCCUCAGGGUGUCACGUACCUGAACCCAGAGAACGACGAUUAUGAUCCUGCCACCGUGGGGCUACCUGUGUUGCCUGUUGUCCUGCAGGGCUGGGGCGGCAUCUUGCCACAGAACCUUUUGGCAAUCAGGCCUCCCACCACUUUCGUUCAUAAGCCCCCACCACCGCCGCUCCCGCCACAUUCUUCAGCUCCACCGCCCCCAUCGCCUCCACCACCCAGUCCGAGCCCUCCACGCACACCUCCUCCAUUGCCUUACACGGCAAUAAAUUUUGACAACAUGGUUGCUAACUUCUUGUUCCAGACCCCGGUCAUCAGCUUGGCACCUGGUCAGAACCUCACCGUUCUGUCUCUGGUGCUAGAUGUGAGCGGCGUUAGUAACUCAUUGGGGUCUUACCAGGGCACGGUCCUGUCAUCACUGUCACCCAUGAUCAUAUUCGAGACUCCGGAGGAGACCGUCCUUACGCUGCAGAACGUGACAGUGCUGAUGGAUGCUAUAGACUUGCGGAACUACCUAGUCCAGCUGGGUAGCGCAACAGAUGCAUGGCCGUACACCACAACGGUGACCGUCUCCCAAGGCGUUGUCAACAUAGACAACCUAACCACACAAGCUAGGGCAACGUCAUCAACUUCAAACAAUGACUACGACGUCUACGAGACCACUGAAGGCGGCGUGGUGCACUGGAAUGCAGUGACGAUCACAUGCCCUGGCAAUUGGAUGCAAAACCCGCCAAUCGCUGCAGCCGUCCUGACAGACAGUUGGCAGUUGGGUGAAUCUGCACUGUCGGAGAUGGCGGAUAGCAUAUACCCGACAACCGUGUUCCUAUCAAUGGCAGCUGACAUCUCUUUGCCUGCUGAUGGCAGCUGGCAACCGGUGCGGUUACCUACGGAUGUGCUACUGGUGCUGCUAGGAAACCCUGUGCGAACCACAAUGUUCGACUUGGCAGGGAUCAAUCGUGCAUGGUCUGCUGAGUACAGCACUCCUGGUAGCACGGCACAGCAAGUCGUACAAAUACGCUACUUGACGCUCAUCAAUCUGCCGUAUACGGAGAUACCUGGUGACACAAGUAGCCUGCUGACAAUCAGCUUGCAGAGCUUUGGAGUUGACAGGACGUUCUAUGACUCGCCGACUCCACAGCUCGUCCUCAAGGACAGCACGCUUGUCGUUCCUGACCAGGAGGUUGCUUUUCUGAAGCGAGUGGUGAGGGGCGAUGGAAACUCCCCUUCGACGACAGACCUUGCGCCAGUCCUACGGGUCUUGGGUGUACAGCUUCAGGCCAAUGCUGCUGCUGAGGGCGAGCUGCUAGUGGAACAGUUGCUGAUUGGAAGUCAGGUUUCCCUGGUCAACUGCACGCUGCUUUCCGCCAGCCGCUACUCGGCACUUCCAGAUGCCCGGCCGUUGCUGCCGCAGUCGCGGGUGUGGCUGCCUGAGGUGUUGCAUGGGGAUGCGGAGACAGCAGCGCAGUGGGGCCCCCUUGGGCUCGCCUUCGGUACAGGCCUCCAAGACGCCCUGUCCAACCUCAGCUCAACAUGCGGUCCGCUGCCAAGCAAGUCGCCUGUUACAUACAUAACAAGACGUGACGACCAGAGCAAUCCGCUGCUGGUGGCUCCCAGUUCCGGAACCAGCGCCUCCAGCAUUAGCAUCAUGAGCGAUGAACCGCUGGCCUCGGCUGCCGAGUGUAUCGUCAGCGGCUAUCCACAACAGCUGGCGGGAGGCCGAACCUUUACCAACCUCCAGGGAGCCGUAGGUCGUGCCAACAUCAUGCGGCCCAUCACACUCCGAAACCUGGUGCUGUACAACCUGGCACCCGGCGGUAGUGGUGGUAUCGGCAGCCCUGGUCAACAAGCGGAGGACUCUCAGUUAGUGGGCCCUGAUGCGGCUUGGACCAACAGUUCCCUGCCUCUGUGGUUCUUCCAAAUGGAUAGGGACACCAAACACAGCAGUGCCACAGCGACAGAUCCGGAGACGUCGUCAAAGCCAUCCAUGCUAGUCCUUGAAAACGUGACCCUCGUGGUUUCAGAACCAGAAUGGCGUGCAUUGGUGGCAACCGUAUUGACCACUGCAGCUGCAUCAACCAGUCUGGAGAGCCCAACACGACGGUCGCUGUUGCAAAGCUCCCAAGGAGUCCAGAAGCUGCAUCCAGGGCAGCAGCAUGGCCUGACCCAGGGGUCUGCAGACUUGCCCAGAGAGCAGCAGCUGAGCCAGCAACAGCCGCAGCAUGUGGCACGUAGGCUUGCCGUGUGGCUUUCAGCUUCGCCUCCUCCACCGGAUGGCAAGCCGACACCGCCACCGAGGCCCCCCUCACCCAUGCCGUUGCGACCACAAUCACCACCGGUUCCCUCACCAGCACCACCACCACUACCACCAAUGCCACCUCGACCGCCGCCGUCUCCACCCUACUCCGACACAACACACCUGGCGUUGCAGGCCUUUGCUGCGGCAUCACAGGUUCUGUCCUACGACUACAAUGCUGGUGUCAUUACCUUGGCGGUCGCAAAGCACUACGGCUGGGUUGGAACCAACGUGACAGUGACGUACAAGAUGCCAGCUGAUGCACCCAGCAGUGCGCAGCUUUUGUUGUACCCAGCAGUUGUCCUGCCGUAUCAGGAUUUUGCAGAUAUGGACAUCAGCAACGCAGCUCUUUCCCCGCCCCCCGCCCCAAGUCCGUCAACCCCGGCACCAACUGGCCCGCCCGCCUUUAAUGACGCACCCACGUCGGGCAAUCAGGAUACGUCCAUGACGGCACCUCCUCCUGCCCAGCGCCCUCCCCCUCGCACCCUCGGCACCGUCAGCAGCCGAUAUCCACCACCUCCCACUCCUGGUAGUCUGGACAGCUACACUCCUCCCUCCCUGGCAACCGUCCUUCAACCACCAUUACCGGUAGCGACAACACCCUCCACCCCCUCCAGCGCCCGUCCAGCCUGGGUGGUCCCCGUUGCGAGCUCUCUGUCAGCCUUUGUCGGCAUGCUGUUGCUGCUUGUCGCCGGCAUUGCUUUCAGACCGGGCAAAUGGCGCCGGGCUGCUGUUACCACCCGUUCGAGCAGCGCCUCCACCCUUGGCUGUGUCAUGGUCAGCAAGGAAGGCGCCAGCAGCAGCGCCGUAGCAACCAGUCGCCAUUUAAGCGAUUUAAACGUUGGGAAUACAACGAGCAAGGGCACGAGUUCGAGUGUCCUGGAGGAGAAGCUGCACUCCACUCUUGCCACGGAGGGUGAGGUGGGCGUCUCGGGUGGACAUCGCAGUAGCGAUAUGGCCACUUACGCUUGGAUUGCCAACAAUCCAAAGGUAAUCCCGGCAGCAGUGGCAGCGGCACCAGAAGCAAGUGGAGGGCACUCUGUGGAGUACGCUGGGUCCGGUGCAAUAGCACUGGCGGCAGCAACCGAAUCUGGUGGAGGGCGAUCCACGGAGCCCGGUGGCAAGCUGGCGGCGCCCUUGGGUGCCCCUGCUGCUGAUUCGGGACCCGGCAGCGGCCCGGGAGCUCAGGGGGGAAAUCGCCCAGUGCCGGCUGCGUCAUCAGUAGCAGCUCCUGAAGCACGGAGGCAGCAGGAGGGACGCGCUGGGCAGGGGGAAAGCGGUACAAGCUGCGAAGGACCCGCAGACGGCUCCCUGGCGCUGGGUUCGAUGCAUGACAUGGACACCAACGCCUAUCUCAACAGCAUUUUGGCCUACUACAGCGGCAUGCGCCGACGUGCGGACCACAACACCAGCAAGACGGCCGGGGCGGCUAUGCAGGCUGCACAGGAGCAGGACGAGGGUGGGCUAGGCACCGCCGGUCUCUCGGUCGACCGCCCUCCCACACUGCCCAGCUGGCUGUCUGGCCCCACAAUGAGUGUUCAUCGGAAUAUGCACUUUGCUAUUGAAGCUGUCAAGGCCGAGUUGCAGGACAAGGAUUUGGAGGUAUACUCCAUACUCGGGGUGGGAGCAUUCGGGGUGGUGUACAGCGGCACAUGGCGGGGCCUGCCCGCGGCAGUCAAGACGCUAGUGGUGCCGAACGUCGUCGUGAACGGACCCGCGGGUCGCGCCAGGCGGCAGGCGGUGCUGGAGGCCGCGGUAUCCAUGAGCCUGGUGCACCCCAACAUCGUGGCCACAUACACCUAUCAGACCCAGGCACUUGUUCAGGAGCCGCUGGUUGCUGCUGGCGACUUCUUGAAUGGGGGCCCAGACGGCUCAGCAGCAGCGAAGGGGCCUGAUGUGGCGGCUGACGAGGAGGGCGAGGCUGACGCAUUCAAGCUGUACAUCGUGCAGGAAUACUGCAACGGCGGCACCCUGCGGGGGGCACUGGAGCACGGCAUGACGGGCAGCAUCCAGGCUGGUGGGCUGCUGAAGCGCCUUGCGCUGCGUCUGGCUCUCGACGUGGCCCUGGGCAUGCGGCACAUGCACGCCUGCCGCAUCGUGCACGGGGACCUGAAGCCGGAAAACGUGCUUCUUACGAGCGGACCCAGUGACGCGUCAUGCGACAACGAGGCCAAGCAGGAGGGUGUGCCGGAGGAUUGGGAGGUGGUCAUGUGCUCCUUUGCCGCUGGCAAAGCCGCUGCGGCGGGCGGCGAGCGGCUUGUUGCCAAGGUAGCGGACUUCGGACUGAGCCUGCUGCUGCCUGAGGGAGCUACGCACGCCUCACAGCGCUUCCAUGGAACGCCGGCGUAUCUGGCGCCCGAGGUGGCGGUUGAUGGCCAGUUGUCCCCUCGUGCGGACGUUUGGUCGUUUGGACUGCUGCUGUUGGAGCUCUACUACGGUUGCGCGCUGGGGAGUGCUGGCAUGCUGAAGAGUGCUGGAGCGGGUGGGGUGGAAGGAGGAGCGGAGCAGCAGCAGGGCGCGGAUGGAGCUGCUGACGACCGGGGACAGCAGUUAUCGCUUUUGGUCAAGGACAUGCUCUCCUCGCCACACGAGCCGUACGGGGAGCUGGUGGCUGCAUGCUUGGCAGCGGAUCCCCGGGCUCGGCCUGGUUUUGGAGACAUCGUGGUGCAGUUGCAGCAAAUGCUGGACGACAGGGCUGCGUGAUGCGCAACCCAGGAGCCGUGGGGCAAUGCGUUUACCUUGAAAUGGCUGAAACCGGCAGGAGUCACGAUGCGUCGCAGUUUUGCAUCGGAGUCUUCCAUGGCACGUGGAAACGUUAAUGCACGGCUUCCACAACAUUGAGCUUAAGCAGACUGAAAUUUCCAAGGUACCCAACAUGGCCCUAGGAAAAAUGCUUAGAAGACAUGAAGUAAGCACCGACUGCCACUUCUGUAUGUGUGACAGGCAUGUACCCUGAUCACAAGAUUGCCGACGCCGCCUCCUUCUUGGUGCCGUUGCUCUUUUAUCAUGAGAAAGUACUAAUGGAAUGGGAGAAGGGGAUGUAUAAUACGAAGAACCUGUUCGGAGUUUUGGCGGGAUGACACACGGGGUGGCCGCAUGCAUCGUGUAGCACCCAGCCGUCUCAGCCUGUUUCGUUUGUUCAGUUGUGCUGCUGAUGGGCUCCUUGAAUACCUGGCAGCGUGCUUUGUUUCUCUUCCGUUUGCAUCCGGCUGCUGGUCCCCUAGCGCUUUUGGCGCCGACCAGGGCGGGGCCUUGUAUGGGGGUGGAUAGCGCGCCGUAGGAUAUUCGUCCCGAAGUCAUUUUUCUAUACAGGGUCAGGUCCUUUUGUAAGGGGUAGCUGGUAUUGGGGUAUUCCUUUGUGGGGUAACCCUUUCUUGCCGGCGGGGGUAGCGGGUCAAUCAGGUUUGUUGGGUAUGGAACACCGCUAUCCGGUCCCCGUUCAUUGUUUCGGUAUGGGUUUGGCUGCUUUCGCUCAACUGAAAAAAUUUGAGGACAUGUGGACUUCAGCGUGUUGCAUGCUCCGUCGAGGGAUGCCGAGGACAGGGUGCU